AGUGUGUGGGCAGUUUCAAAAGUCGUAAAAAAAAAUUAGCUCUAUGUCUUCAGCCCAAACUACAAGCGCAAAAUGCAUGUUUUAUUAGCAACAAGGCAGAAAAAAAACUGAUAAAUGGGAUAUUGUAGUAUCACCAUAAAAGCUCUUGACAGACUACUUGUCUUAUUAGUCACCUCUGUAAGUGUCGGGGGAAUUAUCAAGUUCUUUCUUCUGUUUGACUUAAACUGAGUCAAAAAAUAACCAGCUUUUCUUCCUAGAAAGAUGGAAAAACAUGUACCACAUUAGCAAUAAGCUACUCAGCUAUUGGCUGGCAACAUGUUUCAUCAAAGAGACCCUUUCUACACUGGUUGGAUCCUACAAUGGAGUCAGCAAUUUGUAAGGAAGAUGCGAGUUCUUAACCAAAAGCCACAACAUCUUUUUUUUUUAACCUAAAAAUACCCUACAAACUGUAUCAACCCUGUAGAAAACGAGCAUGAACAGUUCUUGCAGUUUUACUUUCUGUAUCUUAUCGUUGUGUGAAUAGCCUGCAUUGGUUGUGUCUCAUUUUAUUACACUUGACAUGGAUCCCAACUUAAGUGAUAGCCUGACUCUUUGAAUGAAAACACCUCCAUGUCUUUAAUCCCUCUUGGUGCCAUAGCAUGACAACAAUGUGCAAGUUUAGGAAGACCCCAGUGGUGCAAAUGGAUUGAAAAUAUGAAGGAUUUAUUGAUAAAGCCACAUUGAAAAGAGUUGUAUAUUUUAAGUUUCAAAUUUAUCUUGUCUUGAUAGUUUUACUACAAAUACACAGGGCCAAUUAUUGCUUCCUUACAAUUGUUAUCUACUGAAGAUACAUCUUUUCAAACUCUUUGAGCCUUCAUCAUUUUUGUUAGAAAAACAAAAUGUGAAACAUCAAAAUCCUAGAAGUCAUUUUACAAACAGCAGUAGGACAGAUAAAUAAACAUAAAAUAUUUACCCAAGUAAGACUGGGAUGUUUGGAAAUUGGCAUGCCUAACAAACAAAUGAGGUCACACAAGUGCUGUCCAAAAACCACCCCCUGUUCUUUUUGAUAAAAAAAGGAAAUUCUUCAAAGGCUCAGCGGAUGUGCAAAAAAUGUUGAUGUAUGCAAAAUCAAAUCGUUUGGAAAAAGCCUGAGAAGAGAAAUAUUUAUAACCCUGAGACGCAAUUAAAAAGAAUUGAAUUUCCUCCUAAAGUAGUACCUUAAUACAAAAUAAUUGUGCGGCUCAAAUAUUGUCCUAUUGAAAGUUAAUUCAGAACUUCAUGUCAGCUUCUAAGUGUGGUGUACUCAGGGUGGCACACUGAUGCUCCGCCCUUGAUUGCCUAACUAGCAACACUUGCUGUGACCAGGUGCUUGAUGAGUUGUAGUUUGGACCAAACAUAGAGCUCAAUCUGUGUGGAGGAAUUUCAGUGUUUGCAGCUUAUUGCUGAGGCAUCCAGCCAGGGAAGUGCUUUUUUUGUUGUUUUCCCAAUGGCGUGUCAAGAGCUUUCACUAAGCUCUAAGAUUUUAUCUUGUUUCGGACUGUUUUUGGUUGCUUCUUCAUUUUGCCUUUGUACAGAACUGACAAGGCUUAAAGCAUCAGAUAAUUUAUUGGGAAAUUCAACACUUGGUCAUGUUCAACUUGUAAGUACCGAGCUCCACCAUGGAAGACUCUUGAUAAGUGAAAAUACUCGACAAAUGUCUGGAGUCAAAAGAGCCAGGACCUUCAAGAACCUACUCAACCAUGACACAGACUACCAGGCAGACAUGGGUAUGUGAAUGCAACAUUUUUUCUAUCUCUACUGAAACUUUUCAAAAAUGAUUUAAAUAUUUGUCAGCAAAAUGCUGAAUACAUUUCAGGCUAAGGUUGGAAUUAAAUGUUUGAACAGUAUACCUGAUUGAAUAUUCACAAAGCUUAUUUUUAAAAGGUUGGGAGGAGAGCAAGCAAACUAAAACACAGGAUCAUGGCCUUUCAAAGCAAAAGCAAGACAAUGCAGCGGUGGAACGACUCCUACAAAUGGAGCCCAAGGUUGAAUGCACCAGAGACUCUAUGAAGCUUCAAGUCCAAGAUGCUGCUUCUACCCCUGGGUCUCUCUUAUUUGUGGACAGGGGUAUAUUUCCAGUGUACUGUUGAUUCAUGAAAUCAUGAUUUAUCUCUCAUUUAAAAUACUUGACCUACAUCAAGUAUGCCAAGAAAUUUCAUGAAUUUAAAUUCCUAUUUAAUUCAUUCACACAGGAAGUCGCUUGUCUCCUCUGCCCCUGUCCAAACUGCCACCAAGCUGUGGCUAUUCCAUCAAGUCAACGAGGAGAGACUUGGUCUUAUCGGCACCUUAUGAUGGCUGCUUUGUUGCUCUUGAGGUGAGGUCCUCUGUACUGGAAGUGAUGUGCACUUGAAAAUGUACACAAACACCAUUUUGUAAAUAUCGUUUGCUGGUUUCAGGAGGACGCUUAUGUCCUGCCGUUGCGUUGGUGGGGUUUACCAGUAAGGAUGUCGUGCCCUUUGAUGAGGCAGUCAUCUAAUCCUCCAGUGGUCACCUGCCAAGCUGAGGGCAUGAUAGUUAAAACAGAAUGGACCAUGUCUGCCGCUAAAAUAAAAAUGAAGUGUAAGUAUUUUCAAUUGACACAACAUUUGUUUCGCUGCUGUAAAGGGAGUGAAAGGCCUUCUGUUAGAGCCCCUGUGUUGCACAUCAAUAUCUAAGCAGGGCAUGCACAUCUUGCUAUAUCAAGUUAGGAUCAUAGCAGUGAGCCCUUAAGCUUUCUUUGUAUUAAAUAAAAAUGCCCAUUCUGUCCCUUUUUUAUUAGCUAAUUAGCUCAUUUUCUGAGCCUUUAAUGAUCAAAAUUGGGUAAAUGAUAGAUUUCUGAUUUAUUUUGAAUUCCCGUUUGGCGUCUCAUACAACACAGCAAACACCUAAAAGUGUGAUCCCUGCGACUUUCUGCUCUCUGAAUUUAUGCAACAGUUUUGGAGACUACGCUCAGUCUUGCUAAAUUACUUUACAGUGUCUGGCGACUGGGAGCCCCUUAUGACUGCUUCAUCAAGAUGUGGUUUUGGUGUAGUUACACAUCCUGAAGGCGUUGUCAUCUCUGUUCCUUAUACACCCUGCCUGCUUAAAACCGUAAGUAACAGCUUGUUUAUCUAAACUCUAAGAUUCCAUCCAUUAAAAAAAAAAAAAAAAGAAAGUGCUGUAACUUUUGAAUUGUUAUGCUCUAGGAUGGAAUAUAUACCCUAGAAGUUGCUGGGGAUGGAGAAAUUAAAAUUUCUUGUCCGUCACUGCCGCCAGCUGGACAGGAAUCCACAACAUAUCCAGUCAAGGACCUAAAUCCACAAACGGAACCACCAAGCAAGGGGGUGUAUACCCCCGCCCAGUCACAAAAUACUGUGAAAACUCAUGCCCCUGAAAAUAUUGAUCAACCUCAGUUGCCUUACUUUCCUACUUACCCCAAUUUCUUCUAUCCUGCCAAUCCAGAACCUAAACCUACUGAAAAACCUUUCUCUCCUCCUGUGAAAAAUGGUGGUAAACAAGUGCAAAAAACUGACCUCCCUGCAAAGCAAACAGCGAAUCCUGAUGGCCGAGUUUAUCAGUCAUUCUACCACUACCCCUACUACCCCCAGCCAGAGCCUCACCCAGCCACAAAGCCCUCACAGCCAGCACAGCCUCAAGCUCCUAAAGGCCAAUUUCAACAGUCAUCUGCUCAGCCAGAGCCUGAAAAGCUACCUGUUGCUCCAAAACCUCCACAUCCAUCCUCUGACCAUCUAGGUCAGGUAUAUCAGCCAUUCCCCCCCUAUCAAUACCCACUCUACCCUCAACCAGAGCCUGAAAAGAAACCAGCUCCAGCUGCCCCUCAAGUACCACAGCCAGAAGCCCCGAAAGGUCAAAUUAACCAACAGUCCAAUCUUUGGCCUGAGAUGGAAAAACCACCUGACAUGCCUACUGCUCCUAUGAAACCGCAACAGCCAGAAACCCCUCAGGGCCAAGAACACCCACAAUUCUACUUCUAUCCCUACUAUUUCCAGUCUGCACAUCCUGAAAAUCCACUGGCAGCAAAGCCCUCUCAUCCACCAGAACCUGAAGCUCCAAAAAACCAAGCACACCAGCAGUUUCCUCUUUAUCCCCAGCCAGAAAAAUCCCCAUCUGCACCAGAACUUGUGGAGCAUGAAUCACCAGAGGCUCCAAUAUCCUCAUCGUACUAUUAUCCCUUAUAUAAUAACAGGCAAGAGCCUAAAAACCCAACAGCUGAGAAGCCUGCUGGUACUGCAGAGCCUCCACAGCCACCUCAGCCUGAAACCACUCAAAGACAAGAAUACAUGUCAGUUUACCAGUACCCUUUCUACCCCCUGCCAGAAUCUAGAAAUGAACCGGUACAACCCCCUCACCUGGAAUCUCCCAAAGGCAAAGGGGACCAGCCAGUUUCCCCUCUUCCAGGGUCUGAAAAACUACCUUCUGAAAAGCCUGCUGCUGCACAAAAACCAUCAGAUCCUGAUAGCUCUCCGGGUCAGAUUUAUCAGCCAUUUUACCCUUACCACUACCCCUUCUAUCCUCAGCCUGGAUCACAGGGUCAACCUGCAGCAAAUCUUCCAAAAACACCAGAGCUUGAAGCCCCAAAGGACCAAGUACAACAGCCAGAGCCUCAGAAACCACUCACUGAGAAGCCCACAUCUCCCCCAGAACCACAGCAGCCUGCAACCCCUCAGUCCCAAGAGUACAGGCCAUUCUACACCUACCACUAUCCCUACAGAUAUCCCCAUGGUUUCCCUUUCUACUCCCAGCCUGAAAAUCAGCCUGCUGCUGUACAGAAGCCUACCACCCCUGAAAGUAAACUUCCAAAACCUGAUCAUCAGUCCUCUAAGACAGAGAGUGCUGGAGCAAAUGGAGAUACUCAAACUGUCACAAUCCCACAGCUGCCCCCGGACCCUCAGUUUGUAACCUUACCCCCUGUCACUCUUGGAAAGCAACCGCAACAACCCAGUAAAGGUGGCACAGACACGCAGGACUCUCAGUCAGGCCCUCCAUAUAAGCCACCUGUGUACUGCCCACAAUCUUGCCCAUCUGGAAUAUCCAAUUGCUGUGUUCAAAUUGCUUUCCAUCAACACCUCCACCAUAUCUUACCUGCAAAAGAGACACCUCCUCUCUAUCCAGGUCUGCCAUUCCUCCCUUCAAUGUACUCUUCAGGGUUUGACCAAGACUUGGUUUCUGCUCCCCUUCCUCAAAAGUCAACUGGUACAACAUCUGAAGCUCCUCCAGCUCCCAUCUCUACACCUGUUUCAGCUCAGCCUGCAUCAUCUAAAAAAACGGUGCAGCAAUAUCAUCAGCCACCAGAUGGCAGCCUUGAUACCAUGAAAGGAAGUAAUCCCAGCAUGCUGACAAACCAACAACCAAUUCUUAUUGGACCUAAUCCAUUGCACUCUUAUUGGAUGCAUCUACCACAACAUGAGGGUUCACAGAGUCAAUUACCAGCUCACCACAGUUUGCCGUCUCAAUCACAGGUUCUGGGAAAGGGUCAGGUUAAUCCAGGGGUGCAGUAUCCAAUAACCACAGAACAAAAGCCAUCUGUUAGUCAAUCCAGUGGCUCUGAAGCGCAAAGACAUAUAGUUACAAAUGACCCAAAUAGAAAACAGCUCCUCCAACACCUGUUGCACAGGGCUCAUAGUACUAACAAUAAUCACAACCCAUCCUUGCAACCACAGCAUUCCGUCAGAAAUUUGCAGGACUCCAAUCAUCAACCAAUGAGUAACACCUACUCUGAACCAAUGAGUUAUGUGCUUCUUCAGCAUGGCCCACCAAGCAGGACGUCAAACAGCUUUAACAGAUUACCUCUGCCUUCCACUGACCAUAUUCAUGAUGCAAACAAUCAAAACCACAAACUGCAGUAUCCUCAAAGUUUAAACCUCCCACUGGAAGAAUCCCAACAACCGGAAUGGCCGAAGCAAGGACUGUCCAAUCCCUCACCAGGAAGCUUUAAUUACAUGCCCGGAUUUGGUGAUGGAUCAAGCUCUUCGCAGCUCAUCUCUGCUCCAGUUGACCCUAAUUUUGUGCCCCAAGAUCGCUCUUUCACUUCAGAUCAUUUAGAGCCUGGAUUUUCUGACUUCUGGAAACCAAUGACACCCCUUAGCUCAGGCCAAAGGACUUCUCAUAUUCUCCCAGAAGCAUUUCAACCAUGGAGCCCUGCAGCUGACCAGCCAGCAAAUGGUAUGUAAAGGUAAUUCUUAAUAACUUCUUAUCCCAGACUUUUCAACUAAUGUGUGUCUCUUGCAGGAUUUAUCCAACCCAUUCAGGAGGGAGGUGAAGAGCAGGAAUAAGUUGCCUUAAAUGUGAAUAAAAUAAUGAAACAAGUCUUUACCCUCUUGAUUUUUACUUCUGGUAAACACAUCAAAAUAAGCUUUACAUUGUUUUUUCCUACAAUUGUAAGGGUUGCAUUUUCAUGGCAUGAAUGGGCAAGCAUGUUGUUUGAGUCCUUAUCUCUUCAUUGCGUGGGCUUUCAAGGACAGCUUUUUGUUUUUUCUUUGACCAGUUGACGAGUAUACAGUCGCUACAUGUUGGUUUUAUAUCCGCUGUGCAGAAACAAAAGGCCAAUGCCCUUGUUGAACUUAUUUGUCUUGCUCGUUUUGCGUUACCAUGAACUGUUACUUCCUGAACAUUGACCUAUUGAGUAAAUACCACUAAGAAUUGCCCACUCAUUAACAUUGGCCCCAAUAAGAAAAACCCAGACACAGAAAAGUCCUCUCCUCUGAA